UAAGUAAAUAUCUGAUGUGGGCGUUUUGAGUAGGUUAUAUAUUAACUAGAAUUUUAUCCCGAAAUGGAAGGAAAUCGCAUCGAAGAACUGUCAGCAGCAGCUUGAGUCAAGCUUGAGCGUAUCCCAAGUCGGCUUUCAAAUUUGGUUCUUAUCGAGCCCCGUACAUCCAUACGACAGCCAUCGUAUCACCUAUCUGACUGUACUUUUAUAAAAAGUUGCAGGAAGGCACAAAUGCAGCGAGUGGCAGAAGCGGCUGCGAAACGGCAAGAAGAGGAGAAGGAGCGCUUGCGCAGGGAGAAGCUGGACGCCGAGGAACGGGGCAGGGCACAAUUAGGAAUGUCCUUGGCCGAAGAGGACUGGGUGUAUGCCCGUGAAACUCUCAAGAAUUUAAAAGCCGGGGCAAUCUUAAAAAGUAAGGGAGAAGGCAAGGGGGGGAGGUGGGAAGAUUUGGGCAUUUCCGCGUAGCGCACAUGGCGUCGGUAAG